UCCAUCCCAAAUAAUCCGACAACAAUGUCAACCGGGAUUAGCGUUGAACCUUACACCGAAAUUCGCAGAUGAGCAGUUCGUCUAAUCCAGUGCUGGAAAAAUUGAGAAAACCUUCAUCAGUCUCCGGGAAAACUUCUGCGCUGAAGAACGAUUCUAAUCGAUUUCAGCCCAACACGGAAAAUACCGAAGAACAAUCCAUCCGCUCUUCUACGCACAACACCAGCAGCAACAGCAAUAGAAGGAAAUUUCGCAAGGCCCGCUUUAUUUUGCAAAGAUGCCUCCUGGCCGCCAUGAAUGCUGGAAUAAUUUCAAUAUCCGGAUUUUUAAUUGCCCUGGCAAUCAAAUCCCGGAUGAAAAAAGGAAACGAUGUCGUUCCUGACGCAAUUAUGGGAUUAUUUGUGAAAAAUUCAGCCCUGAAUGGAAACAUUGUCAUGAGUGGGAUCAUGGGAGUUUUCAGUGCUUGCGUUGGAUUGGCAGGAUUUUUGGGAGUGUUGCUGCUCAACAGACACCUGUUGUUAUGCAAUUUGAUGUUCUCUACGUUGCUGUUGCUGAGUUUCACCAUUUCCGGAAUUUACUGGAUGUACGAAACCCACGCACCGGUGAUGGUGGCCCUGCAAAAUGCUGUUCGGGAAUAUUCUUUCAAACAUCCGGAGCUCAACGCCGGUUUGGACAUUGUGCAAACGCAGCUUCGUUGUUGCGGGGUUGAGUCACCUGGAGAUUGGCUGAGUGUUGUCCGUGGUGACCCAGCAUUGUGGCAAACUCCCAACAUUUCAGAUUUGAUGAACUUGUUCAAAGGCGUGAAAUCUAGCGACGAUUGGAAUGCUACUGGACCGAUGAUUGUCCCAAAGUCUUGUUGUUCACCGGAGAAAAUCUCUCCUUCGAUUUCAAAGCAAAGAAAAAAUGGAAAUGAAACGUCACGGAAGAUCAGAAGCACAGUAAAUGUCAUGCAUCGUCCUUUUAAGGACACCAGAAACGCGCCAAUUGUUCUACAAAUCAUGCGAAUUCCGGAAAAUUCUGUUUGGUCCUUGUGCGACCCACAUCCAAAGGAGUCGCAGGCGGAAGGACGUCAUUCCCUGUUCCUGGCGUUGCUCGCCCUGACUGCGCUCCACGCAUUCGUCUUGCUGCCGACGUGCAGCGUCCUGGUGGUGGGUCACCGUGCCCUGCGGCACAGGCUUCGGAGAUUGCGAAGAAUAAGAAGAAGAAGUAAGCUAGAAGCCUCUGUCCCAAAUACGGGAUCUAGCAAUGGAGUUAAUGAGCCGGUGCAACAUGUGGGGAUGACGGAAACUGAGGCAACUGAUGCUGCUGCUGCUACAGACGCUCCACAGAUCAGUGUAUCGUGA